AUGGGGCCCUCGGAACAGCAGCACUGGCGAGCGGAGGGCCCGGCUGGGACAGAGCGGGUGUCUGACAGGGUCCGUACGGGCGUGGCCGCCUUCCGUCCUUGCAACGGUUCUACGAGGGACCGGGAGUACAUCCGGCACUUGAAAGAGAAAUGCUGCUACGUGGCUUUGGACUUUGACAAGGAGAGAGUGGAAGCCCCCGCGCCUCCCCCCACACAGAAAUACCUCCUGCCCGACGGCCGGGAGGUCACGCUCGGCCAGGAGAGGUUCUUCGGCCCCGAAGUGCUUUUCCAGACCAACCUCAUAGGCAGGAACAGCCUGGGCGCCCACAUGAUCGCCUUCCGCUGCGUCAGUUCCUGCGACCCCGCCCUCUGGAAGAUCCUCUUCGACAACAUCGUGUUGUCUGGCGGCACCGGCUGCUGCUUCGGCCUGAGGUCCCGGAUGCAGAGGGAACUGUCCGCGCUGGUGUCGCCUACAAUCACCGUGGACGUGUCCACCUGCCCCUUUUCCAAAUACGGCGCCUGGGUGGGCGGCUCCAUGCUGUGUUCCCUCUCCACCUUCAAGGACAUGUGGGUCACCAGCAAGGAGUACCAGGACCUCGGUUCCUCCGUGGUCCGCAGGCGAUCCUUCUGA